AGCAGACGACAGACCGAGUUCCUCUAAUCCUUGUGUUCUUUCUCCCCAACCUCUUUAAAACUCCUUUCUGAGGAAGAAACAGCUAUAGCUUGGGGGCUAAUAUAGCUUUAAGGAAACUUUUGGCAGAUGCGGAUGUCCUAACAUCUGGGCAGUUUUAACAGAAUCCCGGAGGCCCUGACAGACCGGGAGCCACUAGUUCUAGGAAUGUUAAAUUAGAAGUUUUUCGACUGAUGAGAGAAGCAGAGAAAAAGGAGAAAGAGAACGAGGAGAGAAAAAGAGAGCACCAAAACCCAUAAAACAGAUCCCACAUUUCUGCUUCUUGUCACUUUUGGAAGUUCAUUGAUGGCUGAUUUAUGAAAAGUAUUUUUCUUUGUCCUGGUACUUCUGGCCACCUAUUCCUAUUCUUAUUGCCCUAAUAAUUCCUACCCCUUAAAAGGAUGACUGGUAAAAUAACUCAAAGAGGAGCUCUCUCUCUGCUGCUGUUCCUUGCUCCAGCAGUGACACCAACAUGGUUAGCAGGUUCAGGCUACUACCCAGAUGAAAGCUACAAUGAAGUAUAUGCUGAAGAGGUCCCACAGGUCCCUGCCCUAGACUACCGAGUCCCCAGAUGGUGUUAUACAUUAAAUAUCCAAGACGGAGAAGCCACAUGCUACUCACCAAGGGGAGGGAAUUAUCACAGCAGCCUGGGCACUCGUUGUGAGCUCUCCUGUGACCGGGGAUUUCGACUGAUUGGACGAAGUUCGGUGCAAUGCCUGCCAAGCCGCCGCUGGUCUGGAACCGCCUAUUGCAGGCAGAUGAGAUGUCGCACAUUGCCAUUCAUCACGAGUGGCACCUACACCUGCACAAAUGGGGUGCUUCUUGACUCCCGCUGUGACUACAGCUGUUCCAGUGGCUACCACCUAGAAGGUGACCGCAGUAGAAUCUGCAUGGAAGAAGGGCAAUGGAGUGGAGGCGAGCCUGUAUGUGUAGACAUAGAUCCCCCCAAGAUUCGUUGUCCCCACUCACGUGAAAAAAUGGCAGAGCCGGAGAAACUAACUGCUCGAGUAUACUGGGACCCACCUUUGGUGAAAGAUACUGCUGAUGGUACCAUUACCAGGGUGACACUUCGGGGCCCUGAGCCUGGUUCUCACUUUCCUGAAGGAGAGCAUGUGAUUCGUUACACUGCCUAUGACCGAGCCUACAACCGGGCCAGCUGCAAGUUCAUUGUGAAAGUACAAGUGAGACGCUGCCCAACACUGAAACCACCACAGCAUGGGUACCUCACCUGCACCUCAGCGGGGGACAACUAUGGUGCCACCUGUGAAUAUCACUGUGAUGGAGGUUAUGAACGCCAAGGGACCCCCUCCCGGGUCUGCCAGUCCAGCCGCCAGUGGUCAGGAUCACCACCCAUCUGUGCCCCUAUGAAGAUUAAUGUCAAUGUCAACUCAGCUGCUGGCCUUCUGGAUCAGUUCUAUGAGAAACAACGCCUCCUUAUUAUCUCGGCUCCUGAUCCCUCCAACCGAUAUUACAAAAUGCAGAUCUCUAUGCUACAGCAAUCCACCUGUGGACUAGACCUGCGGCACAUGACCAUCAUCGAGCUGGUGGGGCAGCCACCUCAGGAGGUGGGACGCAUCAGGGAGCUACAGCUGUCAGCCAAUAUCAUCGAGGAGCUCAGGCAAUUCCAGCAUCUCACUCGCUCCUACUUCAAUAUGGUGUUGAUUGACAAGCAGGGGAUUGACCGGGAACGCUAUAUGGAACCUGUUGCCCCAGAGGAAAUCUUCACAUUCAUUGAUGACUACCUACUGAGCAAUCAGGAGCUGACCCAGCGCCAGGAACAAAGGGAUGUAUGCGAGUGAACUUGAGCCAUGGCAUGGUUGAAGUCAAGGGAAAAGUUCCCCUGGUUGGCUGAAACCUGGGCCUAAUAAAAGGAGGAAAUGGUUUCCCACAAUUCUAGGGACAGGGCUCUGAGAUGGGUGAGAUUCACCAAUCUUGAGACAUUUCCAGACACCUUUUUAGAGCUGUGUAAUUGUUUCCCUAAGCAAGUGUCUACUUUAGGUAGCACUGGAGGAGCAUAAGGAGCCG